AUGUCUGACAAGGAACCUCUCAUCACUCACCUCUAUACCGCUGACCCUUCGGCCCAUGCUUUCAAUGGCAAGAUCUAUAUCUACCCUUCGCAUGAUCGCGAGACCGACAUCCAGGACAACGACAAUGGCGACCAGUACGACAUGAACGACUACCACGUCUUCUCUCUGGACUCGCUCACCGGCCCCGUCACAGAUCACGGCGUGGUCCUCAAGCAGGAGGAUGUCCCAUGGGUCUCCAAGCAGCUCUGGGCUCCUGACGCCGCGACCAAGGACGGCAAAUACUACCUCUACUUCCCUGCUCGCGACAAGGAGGGCAUCUUCCGCUGCGGUGUUGCCGUCUCGGACAAGCCCGAAGGUCCUUUCGCUCCUCAAGAAAACUACAUCAAGGGCAGCUACAGCAUCGACCCUGCCUGCUUCGUUGACACCGACGGCUCAGCAUAUCUCUACUUUGGCGGUCUCUGGGGUGGUCAACUGCAGUGCUGGCAAAAGGAGGGACACUUUGACGCUGCCUGGAGCGGUCCACAAGAAUUGACUGGUGAGGGUGUUGCAGCACAAGGCCCUCGUGUCGCCAAGAUGACCGGCGAUAUGCUCGAGUUUGCCGAGACUCCCCGCGAGGCUCUGAUUGUCGACGAAGCCGGCAAGCCCAUCCAGGCCGACGACCACAAGAGAAGAUUCUUCGAAGCUGCAUGGAUGCACAAGUACCAAGACAAAUACUACUUCUCCUAUUCGACUGGUGAUUCACAUCUUUUGGCAUACGCCGUUGGCGACAGCCCGUACGGGCCCUUCACCCAGCGUGGAACCAUUUUGGAGCCUGUGGUUGGCUGGACCACUCACCACUCCAUUGUCGAGUUUGAGGGCAGAUGGUACCUCUUCUACCACGAUUCUUCGUUGUCUGGAGGCAAGAACCACUUGCGCUGUGUCAAGGCAAGAGAAAUCUUCUACGACGAGAAGGGUGACAUUCACAUCUAG